UCGUUCCGCCAGGUUGUUGUAUUUUCACGCCAUGAACUUCAGAUGGGAUUUAAAUUUUUCUCCAAGAUAGCAGUUGCACUUGGCAUAGUUUUAGUUCUCGUAGUUCUUUUGGAAUUUGUUUUGUUGACUUCAUAUGUGAAGGAGACCGAUGCAGAUUUGCCAAACGCCAAAGAGUCAUCAAAUAGUUACGAUGGAAUUACUGAUCACGUCGCGACAGUCCCAUCGAACAGAAAAUCAGAACCUGAAAGACAACAGGUCAACUAUAAACCGAAUAAGAGAAUAUCUAUCUCACCCUCUUCUGAUAUUCAUGUAAGUUCUGUGAUUUGUGGAGAGCGGUCUGUGGAAGCAACAACAAUGCUCAAGUCGACCACUUUAUUCACAAAUAGAACUAUUCAGUUUCAUGUUGUUGCAGAAGAUAACCUUCAUGCUGAACUGAAAACCAUUUUCAGGAAAUGGUUCUCUGUUAAGUCUGGUCAAGUCUUAUUCAAACUUUACUCUUUACACUUUCCUUCUGGAGAAGAUGCUGAGGAGUGGAAACGACUUUUCAAGCCAUGUGCAGCACAAAGAUUAUUUCUUCUGGAUGUGUUACAUUCUGUUGAUAGCGUCCUGUACUUAGACACAGAUGUCCUUAUGCUCAGACCAGUGGAAGAUCUUUGGAACCAUUUAAAACAUUUUGAUAAUGUGCAGCUUGCCUCGAUGGCACCAGAGAGUGAGGAAAAGGCACUGUCCUGGUAUCCAAGGUUUGCCCGUCAUCCAUUUUAUGGGGAAAAUGGAAUGAAUUCUGGAGUAAUGCUCAUGAAUUUGACACGAAUGCGGGGAUUUGACUGGACAAAAAAGAUUCUAGAAGCAUACCACAAGUACAAACCCAGCAUAACAUGGGGAGAUCAAGAUCUCUUGAAUAUUGUCUUCCAUGCUCAUCCUGGGUUACUAUACACCUAUACAUGUGAUUGGAACUAUCGCCCAGACCACUGCAUGUAUGGAAACAACUGUGGGGUGGCCAGUAACAAGGGCAUUUCAGUAGUUCAUGGUAACAGAGGAGUAUACCACAACAACAAGCAACUAUUCUUUAAAGCAAUCUUCAUGGCUAUGAGAGACUUUAAACCUGGUGAUGACAAAAGAUUGCUGUUGAAGAGUUUAGAAGAAAAUAUGAAAGCUGUGUCUGACCCAUACUGUGGAGCUAUGGCUGAAAGUGUUCUGAAAUAUCCAAAAGUUUUGUUAGUUUGAAAGAUUUCAAAGUUUUAAUGUAGACUUUGUUGAUCAUAAUUUUGAAAACAAGAAGCGAGAUGUAUUAACAGCAGUGCCAUAAAAACUUACUUCAAAUUGAUUCUUAUUAACCCUUUUUCCCUAUAGAUCCAAAUAUCAACUCUCCACAUUGUUUUCCAUCCAUUUUAUGAUUUGAGCUCUAGGAAUAUGCUAUUUGAUCAAACAAUAUCCUCUAGUUAAAAAUCUUUCCCCACAUCACGUUCUUGGUUCCUAGACAUAAAUUUGUCAAACAGGUAAAGAGCUUAUUAAGUGCAUGAUAUUGAAAAUUUUAAAUCAGCAUUGAUUUUUUACACCUAGUUUUUGCACAGUGCUGACUUUUAAUCUUUGUGGAAUGUGGAGGAGCAACCAAGAAAAGAUGGAUUUUCCUCCAAGUCAGUAAUUAGCUGUUAGGUGAUAGACCUCUUUUGCACUGAUGUAUCUGUUGUUUACCUGUUUCAGGUCAUGGGAUGAUACUCCAUUACAUAACUGUGUCUUUCAAAUUUCUUCAUUAUUCUUGUGCAUAUGUGCACAUAAUUUACAAAAGAUAAAGCUGAAAAUUUCCUUGAGACCUGAAAUGGGUAACAAAACAUGCGAGCUAAAGAAGUCUUUCACUAAAGAGGAAUGGCCAGAGCAAACUUUUAUUUUUACCAACUUGGUUUCUUUUAUUUAUCAUGAAAAAGGCCCAGAAGUUGUUUCAUAUUUAUAGGGCAUUACUUUGAAGGAUAUAUUUAGGCUAUACCAAAGGUAAUUAUAUUUUUGUUUGAAAGUCAGAGGGUGUAGUAAAGAUGAAAAUGUAAUUUAAGAGUAUUUGUUGAUUUUGAAAAACAGAAAUGGAAGAUUUUUACAACUUUAAAAUUAUCCCAUGGCCGCUUAGUAUUUUAGAAGAGUUUAUUGAUUAUGAAUUAAUGUAUUGCCUUUGGAUACUGUUAUGUCAAUUAAGAAGUAAUUUAAACACAAAUUUGCUUUUGCAAAAGCUAGUUUACCCUGUGUGUCUCACAUUUUUUAGAUAUUUGUAACACUGACUGCAUUCACAUCUAAAUUAAGAACCUGUUUUGCCAAAAUUACCAACAACUACCCCUUUAAACAAGAACCUUUUUUGCCAGACUGCCAAAAAAUAAGGUUCAUUAAUUUCGGGUGUUUACUGUAUCAUUCUAACCCUCCACAUUGUAGCAUGAGAAUGCCUAUUCUCUAUACUGUUCUCUAUCCAUUUUCUAUGGUAUUUACAAGGAUAAUUUGUCUCACAUUCAAGAACCUCUUGGAGUUUGCAAUCAUUUUCUUUAUUCUCCUAAUCUAAAUGUUUGAUUGAUACUGUUGGGAAAAAUUAGAUGCUCAUCACUUUUAGGAGCAGAGCUGUUAUUCAUAAUUUAUUUACAUCUGUGAGUCUCUUUUCUCUUUCAAAAUAAAGAAAAUAAAUUGACAUUCACAUUUUGUGAA